CCCCUCCCCGCUCCUUCCUUUCCGCCGGAAGCAGACGGACUGGGCCGAGGCCGAGGGCGCCGGCGAGGGGAUCGCUCCAAACCCGGGGACACAGAGCACCUUUUCCGCGCGGCUACAAUCCUACCGCUGGGAAGCAGCAUGUCUGAGGAGAGGUUUACAGCCGCGUCCAAAAGGAGCUCUGGAUGCACCGGUUUGGAACAGGUGAUUGUAGCAAAUCCUGGGAAGACCCCGAUCAGCUUGCUGCAAGAAUACUGCACAAAGAAUGGCAAAACGCCUCAGUAUGAGCUUGUGAAUUCCGAGGGUCAAGCUCACCUGCCCAGCUUCACCUUCAGAGCAACAGUGGGAGAAGUGAGCUGCAAAGGCCAGGGUCAGAGCAAGAAGGCUGCAAAACACAAAGCAGCAGCAGCGGUUCUUAAUAUUCUGAACGGAGGAAGUCCACAGGACACAAUAUACGAUGGUAUAAGCUACGCUUUACAAGAUCCAGAACCCAUUACUUCCCUGAAGCAAGCUCAAAAUCCUCCCAACCCCAUUGGUGCCCUUCAGGAACUGGUGGUACAGAAAGGGUGGAGACUUCCAGAUUACAGCAUUGCUGAAGAAUUGGGGCCUCCUCACAAGAGAGAGUUUGCAAUCGUUUGCAAGGUAGAAACAUUUGAAGAAACAGGUUUUGGUACUUCAAAGAAAUUAGCAAAAAGGGCAGCUGCAACAAAGAUGAUUGCCAAGCUACAGAAUAUUCCUACAGGCUGGAAUGGGGGAGAAGAAUUUAAAACUGAAGGCGUUUCUUUGUCAAACCUCAAGCAUGAUUGUGCUCAGAAAUCAGGAAAUGAAUGGAACGGGUCAAGGGGCACCUGGGACCUUGUAAGGAGGUCACCUGGAGAAAAAAUUAACCAACUGAAGAGAAGCCCACUCAGCAUUCCCAACACCGACUACACCCAGAUGUUGGGGGAAGUGGUGGAAGAACAAGGAUUUGAUGUCACCUACCUUGAUAUAGAUGAACUAACUGUGAAUGGUCAAUAUCAGUGUUUGGCUGAACUCUCAACGCUCCCAGUUACUGUGUGCCAUGGUACAGGGAUUUCCCGUGGUAAUGCCCACAACGAGGCUGCUCACAACGCACUCCAGUACGUGAAGAUUAUGGCUGGACGAAAUUAAGAGAAAAAUAUAUCCACAGAGAAGUCUAAAAUAAGUAACCAAUUCUAAAGAGAAGUAUUUUUGUAAGUUACACGAAGGAAUCUCGGCUUCUAGUUUGGUUGUGUGUACGCACACGUGCAAUGUUUCAAUGGUAUCAAGUCUAAUUCGUUGAAAUAAUAAAAGGAUUUUUCAAAGUA